AUGGAGGGCGCGUACCUCGCCUGGGAGCUGGCGCACGCCGUGCUGCUGCUGAGCCUCUUUCCCGCAGGUGGUUCACUGCCCCAUGAAGAAUCUUCACUGGUUGUGAAUAAAGGGGAGGAAUUAAGGCUGAGGUGCAAUGAGGAUGGACCCGUGACUUGGAAUUUCCAGAACUCGGACCCAUCGGCAAAAGCAAGGAGUUCCAAUGAGAAAGAGUGGUACACCAAAAAUGCAACAGUCAGAGACAUAGGCAGAUACAUAUGCAAAAGCAAAGGGAGUAUUGUCACCUCUUUUUAUGUUUUUGUUAAAGAUCCAAAUGUGCUCUUCCUUGUUGAUUCUCUGAUCUAUGGAAAAGAAGACAGUGACAUCCUGUUAGUGUGCCCACUAACAGAUCCAGAUGUUUCCAAUUUCACGCUCAGAAAAUGCGAUGGCAAACCUCUCCCCAAAAAUAUGACGUUUAUUCCCAAUCCCCAGAAAGGCAUCAUUAUAAAGAACGUACAGAGGUCAUUUAAGGGCUGCUACCAGUGCUUGGCCAACCACAAUGGCGUUGAGAAAAUAUCGGAGCACAUUUUCCUGAAUGUGAGACCAGUUCACAAAACUCUUCCCGUCAUCACCUUAUCCAAAAGCUACGAGCUUCUCAAAGAAGGGGAAGAGUUUGAAGUUACAUGCAUAAUCACGGAUGUGGAUAGCAGCGUACAGGCUAGUUGGAUUUCUCACAAAAGUGGGAUUGUUACAAGCAAAAGCAGAAAUUUGGGUGAUUAUGGAUACGAAAGGAAAUUAACAUUGAAUAUCCGUUCAGUGGGAGUUAAUGAUUCUGGAGAAUUCACAUGCCAAGCAGAAAAUGCUUUCGGAAAACACAAUGCCACAGUAACCUUGAAAGCACUAGCUAAAGGAUUUGUCCAUUUAUUUGCAACAAUGAAUACCACAAUAGAUAUAAAUGCAGGACAAAAUGGAAAUUUAACAGUUGAGUAUGAGGCAUAUCCAAAACCGAAGGAAGAAGUCUGGAUGUACAUGAACGAAACAUUACAGAAUUCAUCAGACCAUUAUGUCAAGUUCAAGACUCUGGGCAAUAACAGUUAUACAAGUGAACUUCACCUUACCCGAUUAAAAGGAACAGAAGGAGGCAUUUACACAUUUUUUGUGUCCAAUUCUGAUGCCAGCUCCUCUGUAACAUUUAAUGUCUAUGUGAAAACAAAACCAGAGAUUCUCACUUUGGAUAUACUUAGCAAUGGUAUUCUCCAGUGUGUAGCAGCUGGAUUCCCAGCCCCCACCAUAUACUGGUAUUUUUGCCCAGGAACUGAGCAGAGGUGUUUUGAUUCACCAACAAUAUCCCCCAUGGAUGUCAAAAUCAGUUACACAAAUUCAUCAGUGCCGUCAUUUGAACGAAUCCUGGUUGAAAGCACCAUUAAUGCCAGCAUGUUCAGGAGCACCGGCACCGUGUGCUGCGAGGCCUCCAGCAAUGGGGACAGGAGCUCUGCUUUCUUCAACUUUGCUAUUAAAGAACAAAUCCGUACCCAUACCCUUUUCACCCCUUUACUAAUCGCGUUUGGAGUCGCUGCAGGACUGAUGUGCAUCAUAGUCAUGAUCCUGGUGUACAUAUAUUUGCAGAAACCCAAAUACGAAGUUCAGUGGAAAGUUGUUGAAGAAAUAAAUGGAAACAACUAUGUUUACAUAGACCCAACACAACUUCCUUAUGAUCACAAAUGGGAAUUUCCUAGAAACCGUUUGAGUUUUGGUAAAACCCUUGGUGCUGGAGCUUUUGGAAAAGUUGUUGAAGCCACUGCUUAUGGUCUAUUUAAAUCUGAUGCUGCUAUGACAGUAGCAGUAAAGAUGUUGAAACCAAGUGCCCAUUUAACAGAAAGAGAAGCCUUGAUGUCAGAGCUUAAAGUGCUGAGUUACCUUGGAAACCACAUUAAUAUCGUGAAUCUGCUUGGAGCUUGCACUAUUGGAGGUCCCACCCUGGUCAUUACGGAAUAUUGCUGCUAUGGUGAUCUUUUAAAUUUUCUGAGGCGGAAACGAGAUUCAUUUAUUUGUCCAAAACAUGAAGAACAUGCAGAAACAGCAGUUUAUGAGAACCUUUUGGAUCAGGCAGAGCCUGCAGCUGAUGUUGCCAAUGAGUACAUGGACAUGAAACCAGGAGUGUCAUAUGCAGUCCCACCAAAAGCUGAUAAAAAACGACCAGUGAAGUCUGGAUCCUACACUGAUCAGGAUGUUACCCUUUCUAUGUUGGAAGAUGAUGAACUUGCUCUAGAUGUUGAAGAUCUACUAAGCUUUUCUUACCAGGUGGCAAAGGGCAUGAGCUUCCUUGCCUCCAAAAAUUGCAUUCAUAGGGAUCUGGCUGCAAGAAAUAUUCUUCUCACUCAUGGUCGGAUAACAAAAAUCUGUGACUUUGGCCUGGCAAGAGAUAUAAGGAAUGACUCAAAUUAUGUGGUCAAAGGAAACGCUCGUCUUCCUGUCAAGUGGAUGGCACCUGAAAGUAUUUUCAAUUGCGUCUACACCUUUGAGAGUGACGUCUGGUCUUACGGGAUAUUGCUUUGGGAGCUUUUUUCUUUAGGAAGCAGUCCAUAUCCAGGGAUGCCCGUGGACUCCAAGUUCUAUAAAAUGAUCAAGGAGGGAUACAGGAUGUUCAGCCCUGAGUGUGCACCACCUGAAAUGUAUGACAUAAUGAAGAGUUGCUGGGAUGCUGAUCCUUUACAGAGACCCACAUUUAAACAAAUCGUACAGCUGAUAGAGCAGCAGCUUUCUGAUAAUGCCCCCCGGGUUUAUGCGAACUUCUCAACUCCACCUUCCAGUCAAGGAAACGCUCCAGAUCACUCCGUGAGGAUUAACUCGGUGGGUAGCAGUGCUUCAUCUACUCAGCCUCUCCUGGUACGCGAAGAUGUCUGAGUGGCAUCUGGAAGAAGAGGAGCCCAGAUGUAUUAGCUGUUUGUAUUGUGCAGGGGGUGAGAGAGGGACAACUUCAA